AUGUUCCUCCUAGCGGCCUUUUGCCUGGCCCUGACGGCGAUGGGUGGCCAGGCCAGGCCUCUGGAGCCCACGGCCCAGCACAUCGUGAUCGUGACCCCGCAGGCGCAGGUCCACCUGGAGCCGGCCCUCCGCUACGUCCACGGACUGUCGCCUUUGGCCCGCGUGUCCUCGCCGCACCACCACGAGGAGACCAUUGUGUAUGUGCCGGCUGGAGCUGCGGCCCAGGUGGUGCCGGUGGUGGACGCCAUUGGAUCUGGCCGUGCUGGCGGUGCGCCGGAGACCAAGCAGUGGGAGAACACGGGCGAGAUCGCCAACCAGAUCCAGCAGGUGUCCCAGCAGGGCGUCGAGAUCGUGAGCGGCCAGUUGAGCGAGGCGGCCUCAUCCGCCGCAUCUGCCGGAGCGGGCUUCUUCCCCUCCCUGUUCCCGCCCAGCGGCUCCAAGAAGGAGGAGCAACUGCUGCAGGGCCUGAAGAGCGAGAAGAUUGAGCUGAUCGAGACGCCGGCCAACACCCAGCCACUGAUUGCCACCGAGGCCCGGCACUUCUACAGCAUUCCCCAGGUCUAUCACACCCCAGUGGUGGAUGUGGUGCAUGGCCCCGUCUACACCUGGCCCAUUUCCGCCAUCCGGGCACGCAGCAUCCAGCAGGAACCGGAACCGGAGCUGGUGGCCACCGAUCCUGGCCUGAAACUGACCCUGAAGGCUGAGCCACAGGCGGAGAUCCAACCGGAGACCUUGUUGAAGGAACAGCCCCUGUUGAAGGAGCAGCAGCAGCUGCAGCCACUGCUGAAGGACAAGCUGCAGCCACAGCCACUGCUGAAGGAGCAGAUCCCGGAGCAGGCUGUCCAGGAGCAGCAGAAGCCCAUCAUUGCCGAGGCCAGUGAGCAGAAGUCCGAGUUCGCGGGACGUCUGCUGGAGAGCAAUGCCAUAAAGCAGGAGCUCAAGGGUGCCGAGAUCGCCAAGGAGCAGUUGAAGGAGGAUCCAGCCAAGAUUCAGCAGCAGGAGGAGCUGAUCAAGGCCAUUCAGCCAGAGCCGCUGACCAAAACCAUCCAGGCUGAGCCGCUGACCAAGACCAUUCCCGCGGAGGCCAUCCAGGCCGAGCAGCCGAAGCAGCAGGAGAUCCAGAAGCCGGCCGAGAUCGCCGUCGAUGCCAUUGAGCCGCAGGCCUAAGGCCCCGGCCCGGAACCAGAACUCAUCUCUGAAUCUCACUCAUCCCCUGGGCAGCUUUGGUUCUCCGACUGAUUCUCAUCGCUGGCCCGGCACACAAGAUGACCGGGUCACGGGGUUCACCCUUAUCCAGCAA